AUGGAUGUUUUGCAGGAAUCUUUUCAGUAUGGCGCCUCGCCUCUGACCUCGUCAUCUCUUUCAUCGCCUUACAAUGCCUACCUCUUUGGCAGUCAUAUCUCCAAGUCACUGUCACCCCUCCUCCAUGGCAUACUCUUCCGAUCCUCGGGUGCGUCAUGGAACUUCCAUCUAGUUCAGACAACCGAAAAAGACAAGUUUCAAAACAAGCUUGCUAGUCUGGAAACGAUAGGGGUCUCUAUAACAAUGCCAAACAAGGUCACCUUUGGGAGGCUGUUGGAUGAUUUGACCGAGGCAGCUCAAGUAAUUGGCGCAGUCAAUACGUCCUUCAUCCGCCUCGACCCCUCUGGAAAACGUCGUUACAUUGGCACAAACACAGACUGUGUGGGGAUCCGUGAGGCCGUUGUGCAGUAUGAUCCUACUGCUAUCUCUACCGCAAAUGGCAGACCCGCAAUGGUGAUUGGAGGGGGAGGAGCUGCACGAAGUGCUAUAUAUGCGUUGUGGAAGUGGUUCUCACCAUCAGAGAUCUACAUUGCCAAUCGACUCAAGUCAGAGGUGGACGACAUCGUGAAGCACUUUACUGCAGCAAUGCCUGGUAUUCAGCUCCGAUACAUCUCCGAUGUCGCAACCGCCCAGUCACUUCCUGCCCCGACGAUCAUGGUGAGCACAAUCCCAGAUUAUCCACCAUCUGAGCCAGGGGAGGUUAUUUGCUGGCAAAUCUGCGAAAGGGUCUUUGAGAAGGCUGAGAAAGGUCUAUUGGUCGAUAUGUGUUAUAUGCCAUCCCCGGAGACGAGGCUUGUAAAGGCAGCGAAUAAGGCAGAAUGGAAGACUAUUAUGGGUACGGAAGUGCUCGUACGAGUAUGUGUUGCGCAGCAAAUCCUAUGGACAGAAAGGCUGCCGAAAGAGCAGGGUGUGAGUGAGGCCGUUGCGGCAAUUACUCAACCCAAAAAUGCUGCAAACCUAUAG